AUAUCACCUGGCUGCGCUGUGUGUGCACGCGAAGGGGCAGGUUGUAAUACCUGACUACUAGCUACGUAAGAAUAUCAAGGUCAAGCCUGGGCCGAAUGUACUUCACUGAGCAACAAAAUCCGUAAAUUUUGCCCAAGAGGAGAAUCAAAAUGGUGCUGGGAGCUGCUUGGAGGAGCUCUUUGAUCUUAAAUUUUAACCAGCAAAUUCUGAUUCAGGGAUUUUCGAGCCGGUUCUGCGGUCGAUUUCCCAGCGUGUGUAAACUUGCCCGCAGUGACUUGCAUGUUAGACACACAGCGUCAUCAGCACUGACCUGUUCCAGUAGACUAAGACUGGGGCUUCUCACACAGUUGAGCCACUUUGUUAAAACGUCACAGCUGGCUAGACUACAUGUACGUACCCGCCCAUUAAAGGUCCAAAGAGGACUUCAGCAUGUUAGUCGACGCUUUCAGAGCAGUGGGAUAGCAGACGCUGGGGCUGCUCAACAGGCCCAAACCAUUCCAGCACACGCCCAGAAGAUUGUUGGCUGGUGGUUGAUGGGAUGCUGUGGCAUGGUGGUUGGUGCAGUGGUGCUUGGAGGAGUGACUAGGUUAACAGAAUCGGGCUUGUCAAUGACUGACUGGCACCUGAUCAAAGGAAUGAAACCUCCCCGGACCCAAGAGGAAUGGCAGGCCGAGUUUGACAGAUACAAGCAAUUCCCGGAAUACAAAUAUGUGCACCAUGACAUCACACUAGAUGAGUUCAAGUGGAUCUGGCGCAUGGAGUACGGCCAUCGCAUGUGGGGGCGUGCCAUCGGCCUGGUGUUUCUCUUUCCGGCGGUAUACUUCUGGAAGAAGGGUUGGUUUACCAAGGCCAUGAAGCCCAGGGUUCUCAUCUAUGGAUCACUGCUGUUAUUCCAGGGUCUGUUGGGCUGGUACAUGGUGAAGAGUGGUCUGAAGGAGCCAGAGCCAACAGACAUGCCCCGGGUCAGUCAGUACAGGCUAGCCAGCCACCUGGGCUCGGCCUUUGCCCUCUACUCCCUGAUGCUGUGGAGUGGCCUGUCGCAUCUCCUGCAGUACAGGCCUAUUGCUGACAGCCGGUAUUUGCCACUACUAAGGAAGUGUGCACACGGAACCAUGGCUUUGGUCUUUUUCACAGCUUUAUCAGGUGCCUUUGUGGCUGGGCUCGAUGCUGGCCUGGUCUAUAACUCUUUCCCUAAGAUGGCUGAUAAGUGGGUGCCAGAUGACAUCAUGGCUAUCGAGCCGAAAUACAAGAAUGUCUUUGAGAAUCCGACAACAGUACAGUUUGAUCAUCGCAUCCUGGGUACGACAACUGCCUUAGCUGUGGCAGGACUGUGGCUGCUGGCUCGCAAGGUGCCACUUCCAGCAAGAGCCAAUCUAGCUGUGAAUUGCAUGCUGGCAAUGGGUGCUGCACAAAUAACCCUCGGUAUCUGCACCCUGCUGUACUUUGUGCCCACCAAGUUGGCUGCAGCUCACCAGUCUGGGUCCCUCACGCUGUUGACCCUUGCAUUAUGGUUUGCUCACGAAAUCAGAAAGGUUCCCAAGUGAUCUUAAAUACUAAGUAGAUGGUUGUGUUGUAGGCAAUCUUAAGUUGUAAUACACAGUGUAGUUGUACAGAAUCAUGUAAGCAAUACCCUUCAUGCUGUGUUGGACACCUUAUGGUGUGCCAUGUCUAGAACAGUGUCAAAAUGUUACCAUCUGGUUAAUAUAAAUUCUAGUUUGAUCAUGCCCUGUCAGAGUAUUUGUUUUUCUCUGUGUUUUGUUUACUUUCACCCUAGCUUACUACAUCUUCCAGAGCCCUUCAACAAUUACAUGUAAAAAUGAUGCACAUGUAUUAGGAGCAGGGUUAUUGGUGCGAUUUAACCUUGGAACUGUCCAGAGCUAACUUGGACAUCCCAGCUGCCCGUUUUUAACUGCAGGGUCAACUGAAUCGGCCAAAAGUGAUCGUGGGAAGUGAAACCAUGUGACUUUAUUAAAAUGGCUUACAUCACUGAGAAGCAACCAGAAAUUAAUGUUGAUGUCCUACCUUUACAUUACUGUACCCCACUGCCUUGUUUUCUGGCAAGGUAACCAUGCAUCAGGUGAAAUAGUCGUUUACAUUUCAGAUAUGGUGGUAGGCCUUCCCAUGUUAAGGAGUCAGUUUCCCUUGUUGGGAAAGCUUGAAUCAUGUUGCAGGCACAAGAAUUUUUCCCCAAAACAUCCAUGUCAACUCGUGUAUAGUCCCUAUAACGUGGUCAUCAAUAUGUGUGUCUUGUUAAGGACUGAAUAACCUCACAUUAGUACUGUGUACAUGUAUUUGCAUCCUUUCAAAUAUCAACAAGCUGAAUCUACAUUCCACUGUAGUAAAACAAAAUUGCAUUGUGGAGCAACCUCGUGCCUGACUUCAGUGUGUUAACAGGCUCUUAGGUUUUCCCAGCACCUCUUACACAAUCCAGCCCACAACUAACAAGCAAAAAACCCCAACUGUGAAUUACAUCUGUUACUGUUCAUUUGAUGUCCCUUUCAUCUCAUAGAACAUGGGAUAAGAUUGACAGUUUUUUCACAUGUAAUUCAUUUAUACCAUUUUUCCUGACUUUUGAGGCCCUCUUGAAGUGUACCAGUAUAUUCAUAUAAUGCAAACUGUGGGACAGAGUGAACCCACCCCUCCCUUCUUUGUGUUGGUCAUUGUUAUACUGGUAUCUAAGGAAUUCUUUUCAGACAUUUAGGGGGGAUGUGUUUAAGUGACAAUAAGCUGGAGUGUGUAUAGUGAUUGGACUUGGUGGGGUACCCCUCUGUCCUAUUUCGUACGUAGUAUAACUAUAUCGUGCAUGUAGGUCAGUAACUUUUUUUACAAAACAAAUUGAAACUUCAAUAAAAAAAAAUCAAAUUA